GUGAUAAGCCAUUCUUUUGCUUGUUGCUUCGCCUCUAUUCAAUGCCGAAUUUGAAAUAAAACAGCUCGUUUAUCAUUGCCUAUUUUAUUGCUUUUAUUUUAAUGCAUUAAGUUGUUUGUUUUAUUGUUCUUCUGGUGUGUUGCUGUUAGUAACGCUUUUAAUUUAAAUGCUAUGUAAUUAACUUAUUCAACUAACAUCGCUCAACAGGAUUACUUUAGAAAGGUUUUUAUAAUGAUCUGGAGAUUCCUCAUACUGACAUGUCUGCCUUUCAGUUAUGCAAAAAUAAAUGAAUCAAAAAGAAAAUUAAAAGUAGAUAAGGAACACUUGAAGUUUGAUUUUGCCGAUAUAUUCGGUCCUUUAACUGCUUUGUUCACAGAUGAUAAAAUGGAUUUUCAAUAUUUUGCGGUCCAUGAUUAUGAUAGCAAUAAUAAACUGGAUGGUUUGGAACUCUUUAUUGCCUUAGGCCACGAAUCAGAUCAUGAACACCAUGAUUCAAAAACUAAAGAAAAGCAAAAUGAAGAUAUAGAAAGACAAAUCGAUGAUAUUUUUCAAGAUCAUGACCGUAACGAUGACGGAUUUUUAGAUUUCAGGGAAUUUUUAUCAGUUCAGCGUGAUUACCCUGAUUUAGCAGGAGAAGGAAAAGUAUCAGCAACGUAGUUCUUCCAUCGUAGUUCUUCUGUCAUUUUCUGUGAUAAAAUAACAAAAUAGAAAGAUACUGUCUAGUCAACUGUAAAGCAAGAGGCGCAUUUCUAAUUGUGAAAAUGUAAUGCAAGUUUCAAAAUUGAUUUACUUUGGACAAUAAAUUCAUCUUUUUUUGA